AUGGCAUCGGGCAGAAACCUGAUACCGACCCUCAUCACCAUACAGCGCCAGACCUUUUUCUUGCUCUUGGCCAUAUACUUCGGCCUCCUCCGAACCGCCGACGGCCGCACCAGCUCUCGGCAUCCCAACGACUCUCUCGGCGAACCGACAAUUGGGUCCACGGCAAACCGCGCCAACACCGUCAUCGGCCUGCCAAGUCAACCUGCAGACUUUGAUCCCGAGAUCCAGCCCUCUCCUGGCCGAGAAUGCCGACUGACGACGGCGGUGGAGGCCGCCGAGCUGGUGCAUUGGGCCGAUCCGCAAGCAUAUGCGUGCAUUAGGGCUCAAGACUCAGGCUCAGGCUCAAGCACCGUGGCCGAGAUCGCUAUAGCCGCCGAAAUGGCAGUCGCUUGGUGGUGA